GGCAACGCCAGCCAGAUAGCAUAGCUACUAGCAGUGUAUUUUCACAACAACACUUCUGCUCUUCACUGCUGUCAUUCAGGAGUGUUUCUGCACAUGAGGACCUAACAGCCGCGGAACAACCCAGCAAACUUAAUUUUUUUGGCGACGGAAAGCGCUUUCUCAGUCAUUAUGCGAUGGGGACAGACACCCGUGAAUGUUUACACUCAUCUCUGCAGGCGGCUGCUGCUGAAGCAGAGGAUGCUGCUAGGCUAGCGAGCUAGGCCUUCACAUCCCACAGGAAACCUUCAAUACUGAACCAGACAGCAAGCUGAAAUUAAAAUAACAGAGAUAUUUGCACUUAAACGAGAGCUUUAAGCGACAGGUCAGCUCUUGGUUUUGAUUAAAUCUCUAGCGAGAGCUGUGCUUUUCUUUGUUGAUAGUCCUAGCUGCUAGCUAGCUAUCUGAAGCUCGAGCAGCCAAGCCACUUCAUUUGUAAGAUUGUCGGUCAGUGUCGUUGAAUUUCUCUAAUACGUAUUAAAGGCAGCAGGUAGACCCGACUGGAUCGGAGGAAAGAGGGCAUUGUUGGCGGAUUGUGUGUUGAUGCUACACAUCAGCCGUCUGAAUGUGGGACAAAAUGGAGACCCCAAAGAUUCUGUACGAUUUGGACACGUCUGGGGGCCUAAUGGAGCAAAUCCAACAGCUGCUUGCCCCUCCACGCUCUGAGGAUGCAGAGAAAAGACGAAAACCAGAGAGGGAGACCAGAAGAGGAGGCAGAGCCACAAACCAUGACACCUGUGAUAGCUGCCGUGAGGGAGGAGACCUGCUCUGCUGUGAUCACUGUCCGGCUGCUUUUCACCUGCAGUGCUGUAAUCCGCCUUUGAGCAGAGAGAUGCUUCCUCCUGGUGACUGGAUGUGUCAUCGCUGCUGUGUCCGCAAGAAGAAGCGUGAGCAGAAGACUGAGCAGGUGAACGGUGCAUUAGAGCGGCAGUUAUCAAAGCGCUCGUCCUCUCCUCCAGCGGAGCUAGAGCUGGGCACUUUGCGUCUGGACGGUCUGCCCUCGGCUGCAUCAGGAGGACUGAGACUGGCCGUGGCACAGGUCAGACUUCUCGAACGCCGGACAAGCAGUCGGCCAGGCACACCCACCUCCAAUGCAUCCACUGAUACGCCCACAUUGUCAGAACACAAUGAUGUGGAUGAGGACCUGAUGGACGUGGAAGACGAGGUGCAGGGCUCUGAGUCAGAAAGUGCCAUGCCUCGUCUGAAGAAACCUUUCCAGCUGCUGAUUGCUGCAGCCAUGGAGAGAAACCCCACACAGUUCCAGCUACCCACUGAGCUUACAUGCACCACUUCACUGCCAGGCAGCAGUAAGCGCAGAAGGAAAGAGGAGGCAAUAGGCAAGAAUGUAAAGAGGCCACAACAUGAACUGGAUCCCAGUGGGCUGGUCCCUCUGCCAGUGAAAGUGUGUUUCACCUGCAGCAAGAGCUGUAGGGUAGCUCCUCUGAUCCAGUGUGAUUACUGUGCACUCUUGUUCCACAUGGACUGCCUGGACCCCCCUCUUACUGCCAUGCCCACUGGGAGAUGGAUGUGCCCCAACCAUGUAGAGCACAUUGUGCUAAACCAAAAGAACAUGACCCUCAGCACGCGUUGCCAGAUCUUCGAUCAGUUUCAAGACAGACUGUCUCAGCAUGCUGUAAAAGUAAACUUCCUGCGGUGGGUUCACCGUCAACACCAUCCUAACCGCAGAGGUGUUCGGCACAUCAAGAAAAAGACUUUAAAGGUCCCCAAUGCCAUUAAAAGUCACUACCAAAACCCCCCUGUACUGAUGGGUCAAGUGGGCCUUCGCAAUGGAGAGCUGAUCACGAAUGGCUUCAUGGAGCAAGAACAUUCGUCACCCACCCAGUAUCUAACCAGCGAAGAUGAACAAGAGGAAUGGCUUCGGCAUGUCAUUGCACUUCAGUGUAGUAUUAUGAAACAUUUAUCUGCUAAGCAGAUGUCAUCAUCCCACAGGGAUUUGGAGCGGAUAGACAUGAAGACUGAGGAGUGUAUGGAGACACAGGAUCUCUGCUCUCAAGAUUCUCCCUGCAAGCCUGCACUACCUGCUGACUGCCUCCAGUCCAGCGGUAUACCAGUUGGCCCCCAAUGGGCCCCUGUGCUGCACUCUCAAGUACCUGAACAGCCAGAAAGCCCUUGUCAUAGUGAUGCUGAUAAUCCAGUAGAGAAAGGUACAGGAGUGAAUGGGCCUGUUGUGUGUGAGGGUAACACCCCACACAGGCCCAGUAGCCCUUCUAAACCACAAACUCCACUCGUGCCAGCCCUGCACAACCAUGUAGACAUUAAGACUGAGAGCAGUAGUCCCCUCAGCUCAUGUAUGCAGAGAGAUACCACUUCAUCUACCAGCCUUGCUUCAGACUCUCCUGGCAAUCAUCAUGGCUUAGCUGCAGCUGUAGGGAAUUUGUCAGGAAUGAACAGCAGCUUGUCUUCUCAAACUAAAGAAGUGGAGUUAAAUAAACUGGAUGAGGAGUUGAUCAGACUCCUGGCCUGGCAGAGGAUUCAGCAGCUCAUUUCCCCCAAGUCACUUCAGCCUUUGAGUAAAAGUGGGAUCCCUUCAGCUGUCACUGCCUCUCUGUCCAAAGCCUCCUCUCACACAGACGCACAAAAAAGGGAUGUGCAAGCUCGUGCAGUGCUGUGUCCUUUUACAGGAAAGGGGGCAGCUGUUAACAUGUGCUAUAGGACUCUGUACAUAGGAACAGGUGCUGAAAUGGAUGUGUGCCUUACAAAUUAUGGUCAUUGCAAUUAUGUUUCUGGGAAACAUGCCUGCAUAUUUUUUGAUGAAAACACAAAGCAUUAUGAGCUCCUGAACUACAGUGAACAUGGGACAACUGUAGAUAAUGUGCUUUACUCGUGUGACUUCUCUGACAAACCGAACAUUACUUCACACAGUGGACUUGCGUCCAAAGUACAAAACAGCAUCAGAGGUAAUGGGUCAAGGAAGCCACUUGAGGAGGUGUGCACAGGAGCAGUGCUGAUGCCUGCAGGUGGCAUGAUGAGUAGCCAGGCUCAAGGAGGUCCCAAGUCUCCCUGCAACUGCAAAGCCAGCAGCUCCAGCCUGAUAGGGGGCAGCGGAGCCGGGUGGGAGGGCACAGCAUUGCUACAUCACAGCAGUUGCAUCAAAGUGGGCUGCAUGCAAUUCCUAUUCAGCGUCACAGAGUUUGCUAACAACCAACCCAGAAAGGAGAUGUCUACCACACUUAGGCAAGGAGAGACUGAAGUGGCUGACACACAGACUCCCAAACUCCACCAAAUACCAGUGCUACAGUCCAAGUCUGUAUUAUAGCCCCUGCUUUCCCUUAUAAAUCAAAACAAAUCAAUGGAUAAUACAUAUGAAUUGGACUAAAGGUGCAAAAAAGGAACUUUGAAAAAAUGCAUUUAUUUGUACUGCGGUAUUUUGGGGUCUGGGUAUUAUGGACAGUGUUUGCACAUUACAUUUGUACAAUUUGUUUUUAUUAUGCAAGACCUUUUGACUGAGCUGACAUUUAAGUCCCCUAAAUCUCACAUGUCCACACCCUGUAUACUUUGUGUCCAUACAAAGGGUUUUUUUUAUGUACUCUUUUGAACAGUAUAUAUACACUCAGAAUAUUUUAUUUUGUUAUAAGAAUGUAUUGUUCUUUUUUCUGCAGUUUUUGCACCAUAGGCAACUAUAUGCAGAAAUGCAUACAUGUACAAAUAUCUUUGUAGGAUUUAUCAGCAAAGUCAUCAUCGUUAUAGUUUUCCUCUGGAACCGCUAAUUUCUCUGUAGUGUUAGAACCUCUGCAGCCUUAGUUGUGAAGUUCAUUUGUGUAUAAAAGCUAGUUGUUCGACUCUAAAAUGUGGUCAUUUUUGGUUGUUUAUGUGACUGAAGUUUUAUUGUGUCAGCAAGAUAACUUCUGACAUGUAUGUCAUUACUUUGUAUAUAUAUAAAGAUUUUUAAU